AUGGAGAUAGCCGCCGCGAGCACUGUCUCCGUCGCGCCGCAACCGCCCCGACCAUCGAAUGCAUUUUCCAGGAAACUAUCUUCCGUCUCUUCUCUCUCUUCUCGCUCAAUAGAGAGAAAAUACUUCUUUGGAAACGCUAAGCUUCACGUGUCUGCAUCCUCCUCCAUGAACGCUGUCGCCGCCGAGAAAUUCUCUCCGGCGAGUUUUCUCGACAAGAGAGAAACAGGAAGAGUUCUUCACUUCGUUGAAGUAUCAUGGUCUCGGCAACGACUUCAUCUUGGUAACUUCCAUUUCCAUCGAAAUGUUGAUAACAGAGACUCAUCGGAACCUAAGAUAACUCAAGAGCAAGCGGCGAAGCUGUGCGAUAGAAACUUCGGUGUUGGUGCUGAUGGAGUGAUUUUCGCAAUGCCAGGUGUCAAUGGUACAGAUUACACUAUGAGGAUAUUCAAUUCAGAUGGAAGCGAACCAGAGAUGUGUGGCAAUGGAGUUAGAUGCUUUGCAAGGUUCAUUGCUGAGCUUGAGAACUUGCAAGGGCAAAACAGUUUUACAAUACAUACCGGAGCUGGUCUGAUUGUUCCUGAAAUUCAAGAUGAUGGACAAGUUAAGGUAGAUAUGGGCCUACCGAUUCUUAAAGCACAAGAUGUGCCCACAAAGUUAGCAGGAAACAAAGGUGAAGCUGUUAUUCAGGGAGAACUAGUUGUUGAUGGAGAAAGCUGGAAUGUGACGUGUGUUAGUAUGGGCAAUCCUCAUUGUAUCACAUUUGGUACUAAAGGUGGACCGAACCAGAAACUGAAAGUUGAUGAUUUGAACUUGCCAGAGAUUGGUCCAAAGUUUGAGCAUCAUGAAAUGUUUCCAGCUCGAACCAACACAGAUUAG